AUGAGUGGCGCCCGAGUCACACCACAGAGGAGUGGCGCCCGAGUCACACCACAGAGGAGUGGCGCCCGAGUCACACCACAGAGGAGUGGCGCCCGAGUCACACCACAGAGGAGUGGCGCUCGAGUCACACCACAGAGCAGUGGCGCCCGAGUCACACCACAGAGGAGUGGCGCCCGAGUCACACCACAGAGGAGUGGCGCCCGAGUCACACCACAGAGGAGUGUCGCCCGACUCACACUACAGAGGAGUGGCGCCCGAGUCACACCACAGAGAAGUGGCGCCCGAGUCACACCACAGAGGAGUGGCGCCCGAGUCACACCACAGAGGAGUGGCGCCCGAGUCACACCACAGAGGAGUGGCGCCCUAGUCACAGCACAGAGGAGUGGCGCCCGAGUCACACCAAAGAGGAGUGGCGCCCAAGUCACACCACAGAGGAGUGGCGCCCGAGUCACACCACAGAGGAGUGGCGCCCGAGUCACACCACAGAGGAGUGGCGCCCGAGUCACACCACAGAGGAGUGGCGCCCGAGUCACACCACAGAGGAGUGGCGCCCGAGUCACACCACCGAGUGGCGCCCGAGUCACACCACAGGAGUGGCGCCAGAGUCACACCACAGAGGAGUGGCGCCCGAGUCACACCACAGAGGAGAGGCGACCGAGUCACACCACAGAGGAGUGGCGCCCGAGUCACACCACAGAAGGGUGGCGCCCGAGUCACACCACAGAGGAGUGGCGCCCGACUCACACCACAGAGGAGUGGCGCCCGAGUCACACCACAGAGGAGUGGCGCCCGAGUGACACCACAGAGGAGUGGCGCCCGAGUCACACCACAGCGGAGUGGCGCCCGAGUCACACCACAGAGGAGUGGCGCCCGAGUCACACCACAGAGGAGUGGCGCCGGAGUCACACACAGAGGAGUGGCGCCCGAGUCACACCACAGAGGAGCGGCGCCCGAGUCAGACACAGAGGAGUGGCGCCCGAGUCACACCACAGAGGAGUGGCGCCCGAGUCACACCACAGAGGAGUGGCGACCGAGUCACACCACAGAGGAGUGGCGCCCGAGUCACACCACAGCGGAGUGGCGCCCAAGUCACACCACAGAGGAGUGGCGCCCGAGUCAAACCACAGAGGAGUGGCACCCGAGUCACACACAGAGGAGUGGCGCCCGAGUCACACCACAGAGGAGUGGCGCCCGAGUCACACCACUAAGGAGAGGCGACCGAGUCACACCACAGAGGAGUGGCGCCCGAGUCACACCACAGAGGAGUGGCGCCCGAGUCACACCACAGAGGAGUGGCGCCCGAGUCACACCACAGCGGAGUGGCGCCCGAGUCACACCACAGAGGAGUGGCGCCCGAGUCAUACCACAGAGGAGUGGCGCCCGAGUCACACCACAGAGGAGUGGCGCCCGAGUCACACCACAGAGGAGUGGCGCCCGAGUCACACCACAGAGGAGUGGCGCCCGCGUCACACCAUAGAGGAGUGGCGCCCGAGUCACACCACAGAGGAGUGGCGCCCGAGUCACACCACAGAGGAGUGGCGCCCGAGUCACACCACAGAGGAGUGGCGCCCGAGUCACACCAAAGAGGAGUGGCGCCCGAGUCACACCACAGAGGAGUUGCGCCCGAGUCACACCACAGAGGAGUGGCGCCCGAGUCACACCACAGAGGAGUGGCGCCCGAGUCACACCACAGAGGAGUGGCGCCCGAGUCACACCACAGAGGAGUGGCGCCCGAGUAACACUACAGAGGAGUGGCGCCCGAGUCACACCACAGAGGAGUGGCGCCCGAGUCACACCACAGAGGGGUGGCGCCCGAGUCACACUGCAGAGGAGUGGCGCCCGAGUCACACCACAGAGUGGCGCCCGAGUCACACCGCAGAGGAGUGGCGCCCGAGUCACACCACAGAGGAGUGGCGCCCGAGUCACACCACAGAGGAGUGGCGCCCGAGUCACACCAUAGAGGAGUUGCGCCCGAGUCACACCACAGAGGAGUGGUGCCCGAGUCACACCACAGAGGAGUGGCGUCCGAGUCACACCACAGAGGAGUGGCGCCCGAGUCACACCGCAGAGGAGUGGCGCCCGAGUCCCACCGCAGAGGAGUGGCGCCCGAGUCACACCGCAGAGGAGUGGCGCCCGAGUCACACCACAGAGGAGUGGCGCCCGAGUCACACCACAGAGGAGUGGCGCCCGAGUCACACCACAGAGGAGUGGCGCCCGAGUCACACCACAGAGGAGUUGCGCCCGAGUCACACCACAGAGGAGUGGCGCCCGAGUCACACCACAGAGGAGUGGCGCCCGAGUCACCACCACAGAGGAGUGGCGCCCGAGUCACACCACAGAGGAGUGGCGCCCGAGUCGCACCACAGAGGAGUGGCGCCCGAGUCACACCUCAGAGGAGUGGCGCCCGAGUCACACCACAGAGGAGUGGCGCCCGAGUCACACCACAGAGGAGUGGCGCCCGAGUCACACCACAGAGGAGUGGCGCCCGAGUCACACCACAGAGGAGUGGCACCUGAGUCACACCACAGAGGAGUGGCGCCCGAGUCACACCACAGAGGAGUGGCGCCCGAGUCACACCACAGAGGAGUGGCGCCCGAGUCGCACCACAGAGGAGUGGCGCCCGAGUCACAACACAGAGGAGUGGCGGCCGAGUCACACCACAGAGGAUCACACCGCAGAGGAGUGGCGCCCGAGUCACACCACAGAGGAGUGGCGCCCGAGUCACACCACAGAGGAGUGGCGCCCGAGUCACACCACAGAGGAGUGGCGCCCGAGUCACACCAAAGAGGAGUGGCGCCCGAGUCACACCACAGAGGAGUGGCGCCCGAGUCACACCACAGAGGAGUGGCGCCCGAGUCACACCAAAGAGGAGUGGCGCCCGAGUCACACCACAGAGGAGUUGCGCCCGAGUCACACCACAGAGGAGUGGCGCCCGAGUCACACCACAGAGGAGUGGCGCCCGAGUCACACCGCAGAGGAGUGGCGCCCGAGUCACACCACAGAGGAGUGGCGCCCGAGUCACACCACAGAGGAGUUGCGCCCGAGUCACACCACAGAGGAGUGGCGCCCGAGUCACACCACAGAGGAGUGGCGUCCGAGUCACACCACAGAGGAGUGGCGCCCGAGUCACACCGCAGAGGAGUGGCGCCCGAGUCACACCGCAGAGGAGUGGCGCCCGAGUCACACCGCAGAGGAGUGGCGCCCGAGUCACACCAUAGAGGAGUGGCGCCCGAGUCACACCACAGAGGAGUGGCGCCCGAGUCACACCACAGAGGAAGGCGCCCGAGUCACACCACAGAGGAGUUGCGCCCGAGUCACACCACAGAGGAGUGGCGCCCGAGUCACACCACAGAGGAGUGGCGCCCGAGUCACACGACAGAGGAGUGGCGCCCGAGUCACACCUCAGAGGAGUGGCGCCCGAGUCACAUCACAGAGGAGUGGCGCCCGAGUCACACCACAGAUCAGUGGCGCCCGAGUCACACCACAGAGGAGUGGCGCCCGAGUCACACCACAGAGGAGUGGCACCCGAGUCACACCACAGAGGAGUGGCGCCCGAGUCACACCACAGAGGAGUGGCGCCCGAGUCACACCACAGAGGAGUGGCGCCCGAGUCGCACCACAGAGGAGUGGCGCCCGAGUCACACCUCAGAGGAGUGGCGCCCGAGUCACACCACAGAGGAGUGGCGCCCGAGUCACACCACAGAGGAGUGGCGCCCGAGUCACACCACAGAGGAGUGGCGCCCGAGUCACACCACAGAGGAGUGGCGCCCGAGUCACACCACAGAGGAGUGGCGCCCGAGUCACACCACAGAGGAGUGGCGCCCGAGUCACACCACAGAGGAGUGGCGCCCGAGUCACACCACAGAGGAGUGGCGCCCGAGUCACACCACAGAGGAGUGGCGCCCGAGUCACACCACAGAGGAGUGGCGCCCGAGUCACACCACAGAGGAGUGGCGUCCGAGUCACACCACAGAGGAGUGGCGCCCGAGUCACACCACAGAGGAGUGGCGCCCGAGUCACACCACAGAGGAGUGGCGCCCGAGUCACACCUCAGAGGAGUGGCGCCCGAGUCACACACAGAGGAGUGGCGCCCGACUCACACCGCAGAGGAGUGGCGCCCGAGUCACACCACAGAGGAGUGGCGCCCGAGUCACACCACAGAGGAGUGGCGCCCGAGUCACACCACAGAGGAGUGGCGCCCGAGUCACACCACAGAGGAGUGGCGCCCGAGUCACACCACAGAGGAGUGGCGCCCGAGUCACACCACAGAGGAGUGGCGCCCGAGUCACACCACAGAGGAGUGGCGCCCGAGUCACACCACAGAGGAGUGGCGCCCGAAGUCACACCACAGAGGAGUGGCGCCCGAGUCACACCACAGAGGAGUGGCGCCCGAGUCACACCACAGAGGAGUGGCGUCCGAGUCACACCACAGAGGAGUGGCGCCCGAGUCACACCACAGAGGAGUGGCGCCCGAGUCACACCACAGAGGAGUGGCGCCCGAGUCACACACAGAGGAGUGGCGCCCGAGUCACACCUCAGAGGAGUGGCGCCCGAGUCACACCACGAGGAGUGGCGCCCGACUCACACCGCAGAGGAGUGGCGCCCGAGUCACACCACAGAGGAGUGGCGCCCGAGUCACACCACAGAGGAGUGGCGCCCGAGUCACACCACAGAGGAGUGGCGCCCGAGUCACACCACAGAGGAGUGGCGCCCGAGUCACACCACAGAGGAGUGGCGCCCGAGUCACACCACAGAGGAGUGGCGCCCGAGUCACACACAGGGGAGUGGCGCCCGAGUCACACCACAGAGGAGUGUCGCCCGAGUCACACCACAGAGGAGUGGCGCCCGAGUCACACCACAGAUGAGUGGCACCCGAGUCACACCACCGAUGAGUGGCCCCCUAGUCACACCACAGAGGAGUGGCGCCCGAGUCACACCACAGAGGAGUGGCGGCCGAGUCACACCACAGAGGAGUGGCGCCCGAGUCACACCAGAGGAGUGGCGCCUGAGUCACACACAGAGGAGUGGCGCCCGAGUCACACACAGAGGAGUGGCGCCCGAGUCACACACAGAGGAGUGGCGCCACCACAGAGGAGUGGCGCCCGAGUCACACCACAGAGGAGUGGCGCCCGAGUCACACCACUGAGGAGUGGCACCCGAGUCACACCACAGAGGAGUGGCGCCCGAGUCACACCACAGAGGAGUGGCGCCCGAGUCACACCACAGAGGAUCACACAUAGAGGAGUGGCGCCCAACUCACACCACAGAGGAGUGUCGCCCGAGUCACACCACAGAGGAGCGGCGCCCGAGUCACACCACAGAGGAGUGGCGCCCGAGUCACACCACAGAGGAGUGGCGCCCGAGUCACACCACAGAGGAGUGGCGCCCGAGUCACACCACAGAGGAGUGGCGCCUGAGUCACACCACAGAGGAGUGGCGCCCGAGUCACACGACAGCGGAGUGGCGCCCGAGUCACACCACAGAGGAGUGGCGCCCGAGUCACACCACAGAGGAGUGGCGCCCGAGUCACACCUCAGAGGAGUGGCGCCCGAGUCACACACAGAGGAGUGGCGCCCGAGUCACACACAGAGGGGUGGCGCCCGAAUCACACCACAGAGGAGUGGCGCCCGAGUCACACACAGAGGAGUGGCGCCUGAGUCACACCACAGAGGAGUGGCGCCCGAGUCACACCACAGAGGAGUGGCGCCCGAGUCACACCACAGAGGAGUGGCGCCCGAGUCACACACAGAGGAGUGGCGCCCGAGUCACACCACAGAGGAGUGGCGCCCGAGUCACACCACAGAGGAGUGGCGCCCGAGUCACACCACAGAGGAGUGGCGCCCGAGUCACACCACAGAGGAGUUGCGCCCGAGUCACACCACAGAGGUGUGGCGCCCGAGUCACACCACAGAGGAGUGGCGCCCGAGUCACACCACAGAGGAGUGGCGCCUGAGUCACACACAGAGGAGUGGCGCCCGAGUCACACCACAGAGGAGUGGCGCCCGAGUCACACUACAGAGGAGUGGCGCCCGAGUCACACCACAGAGGAGUUACGCCCGAGUCACACCACAGAGGAGUGGCGCCCGAGUCACACCACAGAGGAGUGGCGCCCGAGUCACACCACAAAGGAGUGGCGCCCGAGUCACACCACAGAGGAAGGCGCCCGAGUCACACCACAGAGGAGUUGCGCCCGAGUCACACCACAGAGGAGUGGCGCCCGAGUCACACCACAGAGGAGUGGCGCCCGAGUCACACGACAGAGGAGUGGCGCCCGAGUCACACCUCAGAGGAGUGGCGCCCGAGUCACAUCACAGAGGAGUGGCGCCCGAGUCACACCACAGAUCAGUGGCGCCCGAGUCACACCACAGAGGAUCACACACAGAGGAGUGGCGCCCGAGUCACACACAGAGGAGUGGCGCCACCACAGAGGAGUGGCGCCCGAGUCACACCACAGAGGAGUGGCGCCCGAGUCACACCACUGAGGAGUGGCACCCGAGUCACACCACAGAGGAGUGGCGCCCGAGUCACACCACAGAGGAGUGGCGCCCGAGUCACACCACAGAGGAGUGGCGCCCAACUCACACACAGAGGAGUGGCGCCCGAGUCACACCACUGAGGAGUGGCACCCGAGUCACACAUAGAGGAGUGGCGCCCAACUCACACCACAGAGGAGUGUCGCCCGAGUCACACCACAGAGGAGCGGCGCCCGAGUCACACCACAGAGGAGUGGCGCCCGAGUCACACCACAGAGGAGUGGCGCCCGAGUCACACCACAGAGGAGUGGCGCCCGAGUCACACCACAGAGGAGUGGCGCCUGAGUCACACCACAGAGGAGUGGCGCCCGAGUCACACGACAGCGGAGUGGCGCCCGAGUCACACCACAGAGGAGUGGCGCCCGAGUCACACCACAGAGGAGUGGCGCCCGAGUCACACCUCAGAGGAGUGGCGCCCGAGUCACACACAGAGGAGUGGCGCCCGAGUCACACACAGAGGGGUGGCGCCCGAGUCACACCACAGAGGAGUGGCGCCCGAGUCACACACAGAGGAGUGGCGCCUGAGUCACACCACAGAGGAGUGGCGCCCGAGUCACACCACAGAGGAGUGGCGCCCGAGUCACACCACAGAGGAGUGGCGCCAGAGUCACACACAGAGGAGUGGCGCCCGAGUCACACCACAGAGGAGUGGCGCCCGAGUCACACCACAGAGGAGUGGCGCCCGAGUCACACCACAGAGGAGUGGCGCCCGAGUCACACCACAGAGGAGUUGCGCCCGAGUCACACCACAGAGGUGUGGCGCCCGAGUCACACCACAGAGGAGUGGCGCCCGAGUCACACCACAGAGGAGUGGCGCCUGAGUCACACACAGAGGAGUGGCGCCCGAGUCACACCACAGAGGAGUGGCGCCCGAGUCACACUACAGAGGAGUGGCGCCCGAGUCACACCACAGAGGAGUUACGCCCGAGUCACACCACAGAGGAGUGGCGCCCGAGUCACACCACAGAGGAGUGGCGCCCGAGUCACACCACAGAGGAGUGGCGCCCGAGUCACACCACAGAGGAAGGCGCCCGAGUCACACCACAGAGGAGUUGCGCCCGAGUCACACCACAGAGGAGUGGCGCCCGAGUCACACCACAGAGGAGUGGCGCCCGAGUCACACCGACAGAGGAGUGGCGCCCGAGUCACACCUCAGAGGAGUGGCGCCCGAGUCACAUCACAGAGGAGUGGCGCCCGAGUCACACCACAGAUCAGUGGCGCCCGAGUCACACCACAGAGGAGUGGCGCCCGAGUCACACCACAGAGGAGUGGCACCCGAGUCACACCACAGAGGAGUGGCGCCCGAGUCACACCACAGAGGAGUGGCGCCCGAGUCACACCACAGAGGAGUGGCGCCCGAGUCGCACCACAGAGGAGUGGCGCCCGAGUCACACCUCAGAGGAGUGGCGCCCGAGUCACACCACAGAGGAGUGGCGCCCCAGUCACACCACAGAGGAAGGCGCCCGAGUCACACCACAGAGGAGUUGCGCCCGAGUCACACCACAGAGGAGUGGCGCCCGAGUCACACCACAGAGGAGUGGCGCCCGAGUCACACGACAGAGGAGUGGCGCCCGAGUCACACCUCAGAGGAGUGGCGCCCGAGUCACAUCACAGAGGAGUGGCGCCCGAGUCACACCACAGAGGAGUGGCGCCCGAGUCACACACAGAGGAGUGGCGCCCGAGUCACACCUCAGAGGAGUGGCGCCCGAGUCACACACAGAGGAGUGGCGCCCGACUCACCACCGCAGAGGAGUGGCGCCCGAGUCACACCACAGAGGAGUGGCGCCCGAGUCACACCACAGAGGAGUGGCGCCUGAGUCACACCACAGAGGAGUGGCGCCCGAGUCACACCACAGAGGAGUGGCGCCCGAGUCACACCACAGAGGAGUGGCGCCCGAGUCACACCACAGAGGAGUGGCGCCCGAGUCACACACAGGGGAGUGGCGCCCGAGUCACACCACAGAGGAGUGUCGCCCGAGUCACACCACAGAGGAGUGGCGCCCGAGUCACACCACAGAUGAGUGGCACCCGAGUCACACCACAGAUGAGUGGCGCCCCGAGUCACACACAGAGGAGUUGCGCCCGAGUCACACCACAGAGGUGUGGCGCCCGAGUCCACACCACAGAGGAGUGGCGCCCUAGUCACACCACAGAGGAGUGGCGCCCGAGUCACACCACAGAGGAGUGGUGCCCGAGUCACACCACAGAGGUUAGUGGCCGCCCGGAGUCACACCACAGAGGAUGUGGCGCCCGAGUCACACCACAGAGGAGUGGCGCCCGAGUCACACCACAGAGGAGUGGCGCCCGAGUCACACCACAGAGGAAGUGGCGCCCGAGUCACACCACAGAGGAGUGGCGCCCGAGUCACACCACAGAGGAGUGGCGCCCGAGUCACACCACAGAGGAGUGGCGCCCGAGUCACACCACAGAGGAGUGGCGCCCGAGUCACACCACAGAGGAGUGGCGCCCGAGUCACACCACAGAGGAGUGGCGCCCGCGUCACACCACAGAGGAGUGGCGCCCGAGUCACACCACAGAGGAGUGGCGUCCGAGUCACACCACAGAGUCACACCACAGAGGAGUGGCGGUCCCAAGUCACACCACAGAGGAGUGGCGCCCGAGUCACACCACAGAGGAGUGGCGCCCGAGUCACACCACCAGAGGAGUGGCGCCCGAGUCACACCACAGAGGAGUGGCGCCCGAGUCACACACAGAGGAGUGGCGCCCGAGUCACACACCAGAGGUAGUGGCGCCCGAGUCACACCACAGAGGAGUGGCGCCUCGAGGCACACCACAGAGGAGUGGCGGCCCGAGUCACACCACAGAGGAGUGGCGCCCGAGUCCACACCACAGAGGAGUGGCGCCCGAGUCACACCACAGAGGAGUGGCGCCCGAGUCACACCACAGAGGAGUGGCGCCCGAGUCACACCACAGAGGAGUGGCGCCCGAGUCACACCACAGAGGAGGUGGCGCCCGAGUCACAACCACAGAGGAGUGGCGCCGAUUCACACACAGAGGAGUGGCGCCCGAGUCACACCACAGAGGAGUGGCGCCCGAGUCACACCACAGAGGAGUGGCGCCCGAGUCACACCACAGAGGAGUGGCGCCCGAGUCACACACAGAGGAUCACACCAUCGAGGAGUGGCGCCCGAGUCACACCACGGAGGAGUGGCGCCCGACUCACACCACAGACGGAGUGGCGGCCGAGUCACACCACAGAGGAGUGGCGCCCGAGUCACACAACAGAGGAGUGGCGCCGAGUCACACCACAGAGGAGUGGCGCCCGAGUCACACCACAGAGGAUGGCGCCGAGUCACACCCCAGAGGAGUGGCGCCCGAGUCACACACAGAGGAGUGGCGCCCGAGUCACACCACAGACGAGUCAGUGGCGCCCGAGUCACACCACAGAGGAGUGGCGCCCGAGUCACACACAGAGGGAGUGGCGCCCGAGUCACACCACAGGAGGAGUGUCGCCCGAGUCACACCACAGAGGAGUGGCGCCCGAGUCACACCACAGAUGAGUGGCGCCCGAGUCACAACCACGAGGAGUGGCCGCCCUAGUCACACCACAGAGGAGUGGCGCCCGAGUCACACCACAGAGGAGUGGCGCCGAGUCACACCACAGAGGAGUGGCGCCCGAGUCACCCAGAGGAGUGGCGCCCUGAGUCACACACAGAGGAGUGGCGCCCGAGUCACACACAGAGGAGUGGCGCCCGAGUCACACACAGAGGAGUGGCGCCCGAGUCACACACAGAGGAGUGGCGCCCGAGUCACACCACAGAGGAGUGGCGCCCGAGUCACACCACAGAGGAGUGGCAGCCCGAGUCACACCACAGAGGAGUGGCGCCCGAGUCACACCACAGAGGAGUGGCGCCCGAGUCACACCACAGAGGAGUGGCGCCCAACGUCACACCACAGAGGAGUGGCGCCCGAGUCACACCACGAGGAGUGGCAGCCCGAGUCACACACUAGAGGAGUGGCGCCCGAGCUCACACCACAGAGGAGUGUCGCCCGAGUCACACCACAGAGGAGCGGCGCCCGAGUCACACCACAGAGGAGUGGCGCCCGAGUCACACCACAGAGGAGUGGCGCCCGAGUCACACCACAGAGGAGUGGCGCCCGAGUCACACCACAGAGGAGUGGCGCCCUGAGUCACACCACAGAGGAGUGCGCCAGAAGGUCACACCAAGGCGUGGCCCCGAGUCACACCACAGAGGAGUGGCGCCUGAGUCCACCCCACAGAGGAAGUUGGCGACCGACGAGUCACAACGACAGCGGAAGAGUGGCGCCCGAGUCACACCACAGAGGCAGCUUGGCGCCCGAGUCACACCCCAGAGGAGAAGUUGGCGCCCGGAGUCACACCUCAGAGGAUCACACCACAGAGGAGUGGCGCACGGAGUCUCACACCACAGAGGAGUGGCGCCCGAGUCACACCACAGAGGAGUGCGCCCGAGUCCACACCACAGAGGAGUGGCGCCCGAGUCACACCACAGAGGAGUGGCGCCCGAGUCACACCACAGAGGAGUGGCGCCCGAGUCACACCACAGAGGAGUGGCGCCCGAGUCACACCUCAGAGGAGUGGCGCCCGAGUCACACACAGAGGAGUGGCGGCCCGAGUCACACCACAGAGGAGUGGCGCCCGAGUCACACCACAGAGGAGUGGCGCCCGAGUCACACCACAGAGGAGUGGCGCCCGAGUCACACCACAGAGGAGUGGCGCCCGAGUCACACCACAGAGGAGUGGCGCCCGAGUCACACCACAGAGGAGUGCGCCCGAGUCACACCACAGAGGAGUGGCGCCCGAGUCACACCACAGAGGAGUGGCACCCGAGUCACACCACAGAGGAGUGGCGGCCCGAGUCACACCACAGAGGAGUGGCGCCCGAGUCACACCACAGAGGAGUGGCGCCCGAGCACACCACCAGAGGAGUGGCGCCGAGUCACACCACAGAGGAGUGCGCCCCGAGUCACACACAGAGGAGUGGCGCCCGAGUCACCACCACAGAGGAGUGGCGCCCGAGUCACAACCACAGAGGAGUGGCGCCGAGUCACACAGAGAGUGGCCCGAGUCACACACAGAGGAGUGGAGCCCGAAGUCACACCACAGAGGAGAGUGGCGGCCCGAGUCACACACAGAGGUAGUGGCGCCACACAGAGGAGUGCGCCGAGUCACACCACAGAGGAGUGGCGCCCCGAAGUCACACCACUAGACGGAGUGGGCACCCGAGUCCACCACCACAAGGGAGUGUGCGGCCCGAGCCUCACCACAGAGGAGUGGCGGCCACGAGUCACAGCCACAGAGGAGUGGCGCCCAUCGACUCACACCACAGUAGGAGUGGCGCCCGAGUCCACCACCACUAGCAGGACUGUCGCCCGAGCUCACACCAGCAGAGGAGUGGCGCCCGAGUCACCACCACAGAGGAAGUGGCGCCCGAGUUCACACCACAGAGGAGUGGCGCCCGAGUCACACCACAGCAGGAAGUCGGCGACCCGAGUCACACCCACAGAGGAGUGGCGCCCUGGUCACACCACAGAGGAUAGUGGUGCGCCCGAGUCCACACCGACAGAGGACGUGGGCGCCCAGAGUCCACACCACAGAGGAGUGGCGGCCCGAGUCACACCACAGAGGAGUUGGCGCCGCGUCAACACAUCAGAGGAGUGGCGCCCGAGUCACACCACAGAGGAAGUGGCGCCCCCGAGUCACACACAGAGGGAGUUGGCGCCCGAGAGGAGUGGCGCCCGAGUCACACCACAGAGGAGUGGCGCCCGAGUCACACCACAGAGGAGUGGCGCCCGAGUCACACCACAGAGGAGUGGCGCCCGAGUCACACCACAGAGGAGUGGCGCCGAGUCACACCACAGAGGAGUGGCGCCCGAGUCACACCACAGAGGAGUGGCGCCCGAGUCACACCACAGAGGAGUGGCGCCCGAGUCACACCACAGAGGAGUGGCGCCCGAGUCACACCACAGAGGAGUGGCGCCCGAGUCACACCACAGAGGAGUGGGCGCCCGAGUCACACCACAGAGGAGUGGCGCCCGAGUCACACCCAGAGUAGUGGCGCCCGAGUCACACACAGAGGAGUGGCGCCCGAGUCACACCACAGAGGAGUGGCGCCCGAGUCACACCCACGAGGAGUGGCGCCAGAGUCACACACGAUGGGGCGCCGAGUCACACAGAGGAGUGGCGCCGAGUCACACCACAGAGGAGUGGCGCCCGAGUCACACCACAGAGGAGUGGCGCCCGAGUCACACCACAGAGGAGUGGCGCCCGAGUCACACCACAGAGGAGUGGCGCCCGAGUCACACCACAGAGGAGUGGCGCCCGAGUCACACCACAGAGGAGUGGCGCCCGAGUCCACACCACAGAGGAGUGGCGCCCGAGUCACACCACAGAGGAGUGGCGCCCGAGUCACACCACAGAGGAGUGGCGCCCGAGUCACACCACAGAGGAGUGGCGCCCGAGUCACACCACAGAGGAGUGGCGCCCGAGUCACACCACAGAGGAGUGGCGCCGAGUCACACCACAGAGGAGUGGCGCCGAGUCACACCACAGAGGAGUGGCGCCCGAGUCACACCACAGAGGAGUGGCGCCCGAGUCACACCACAGAGGAGUGGCGCCCCGAGUCACACCACAAGAGGAGUGGCGCCCGAUCACACCACAGAGGAGUGGCGCCCGAGUCACACCACAGAGGAGUGGCGCCCGAGUCACACCUACAGAGGGAGUGGCGCCGAGUCACACCACAGAGGAGUGGCGCCCGGAGUCACACACAGAGGAGUGGCGACCGAGUCACACCACAGAGGAGUGGCGCCCGAGUCACACCACAGAGGAGUGGCGCCCGAGUCACACCACAGAGGAGUGGCGCCCGAGUCACACCACAGAGGAGUGGCGCCCGAGUCACACCACAGAGGAGUGGCGCCCGAGUCACACCACAGAGGAGUGGCGCCCGAGUCACACCACAGAGGAGUGGCGCCCGAGUCACACCACAGAGGAGUGGCGCCCGAGUCACACCACAGAGGAGUGGCGCCCGAGUCACACCACAGAGGAGUGGCGCCCGAGUCACACCACAGAGGAGUGGCGCCCGAGUCACACCACAGAGGAGUGGCGCCCGAGUCACACCACAGAGGAGUGGCGCCCGAGUCACACCACAGAGGAGUGGCGCCCGAGUCACACCACAGAGGAGUGGCGCCCGAGUCACACCACAGAGGAGUGGCGCCCGAGUCACACACAGAGGAGUGGCGCCCGAGUCACACCACAGAGGAGUGGCGCCCGAGUCACACCACAGAGGAGUGGCGCCCGAGUCACACCACAGAGGAGUGGCGCCCGAGUCACACCACAGAGGAGUGGCGCCCGAGUCACACCACAGAGGAGUGGCGCCCGAGUCACACCACAGAGGAGUGGCGCCCGAGUCACACACAGAGGAGUGGCGCCCGAGUCACACCACAGAGGAGUGGCGCCGAGUCACCCACAGAGGAGUGCGCCCGAGUCACACCACAGCGGAGUGGCGCCCGAGUCACACCACAGAGGAGUGGCGCCCGAGUCACACCACAGAGGAGUGGCGCCCGAGUCACACACAGAGGAGUGGCGCCCGAGUCACACCACAGAGGAGUGGCGCGCGAGUCACACACCGAGGGAGUGGCGCCCGAGUCACACCACAGAGGAGUGGCGCCCCCCCCCCCCCCGAUGUCACACCACAGAGGAGUGGCGCCCGAGUCACACCCACAGAGGAGUGGCGCCCGAGUCACACCACAGAGGAGUGGGCGCCCGAGUCACACCACAAGAGGAGUGGCGCCCGAGUCACACACAGAGGAGUGGCGCCCCGAGUCACACCACAGAGGAGUGGCGCCCGAGUCACACCACAGAGGAGUGGCGGCCGAGUCACCACCACAGAGGAGUGGCGCCCGAGUCACACCAAGAGGAGUGGCGCCCCGAGUCACACCACAGAUGGAGUGGGCGCCCGAGUCACACCCACAGCAGAGUGGCGCCCGAGUCAACACCACAGAGGAGUGGCACCACCAUGAGGAGGGCGCCCUGAGUCACACCACAGAGGAGUGGCGCCCGAGUCACACCACAGAGGAGUGGCGCCCGAGUCACACCACAGAGGAGUGGCGCCUCCGAGUCACACCACAGAGGAAUCACACCACAAGAGGAGUGAGCGCCCGAGUCACACACAGAGGAGUGGCGCCCGAGUCACACCACAGAGGAGUGGCGCCCCGAGUCACACACAGAGGAGUGGCGCCCGAGUCCACACCACAGAGGAGUGGGCCGAGUCACACCACAGAGGAGUGGCGCCCGAGUCACACCACAGAGGAGUGCGCGCCGAGUCACACCACAGAGGAGUGGCGCCCGAGUCACACCACAGAGGAAGUGGCGCCCGAGUCACACCACAGGAGGAGUGGCGCCCGAGUCACACCACAGAGGAGUGGCGCCCGAGUCACACCACAGAGGAGUGGCGCCCGAGUCACACCACAGAGGAGUGGCGCCCCGAGUCACACCACAGAGGAGUGGCGCCCGAGUCACACCUACAGAGGAGUGGCGCCCGAGUCACACCACAGAGGAGUGGCGCCCGAGUCACACCACAGAGGGUGGCGCCCGAAGUCACACCACAGAGGAGUGGCCGCCCGAGUCACACACAGAGGAGUGGCGCCCGAGUCACACCACAGAGGAGUGGCGCCCGAGUCACACCACAGAGGAGUGGCGCCCGAGUCACACCACAGAGGAGUUGGCGCCCGAGUCACACCACAGAGGAGUGGCGCCCGAGUCACACCACAGAGGAAGUGGCGCCCGAGUCACACCACAGAGGAGUGGCGCCCGAGUCACACCACAGAGGAGUGGCGCCGAGUCACACCACAGAGAGUGUGCGCCCCGAGUCACACCACAGAGGGUGGCGCCCGAGUCACACCACAGAGGAGUGGCGCCCGAGUCACACCACAGAGGAGUGGCGCCCGAGUCACAACACAGAGGAGUGGCGCCCGAGUCACACCACAGAGGAGUGGCGCCCGAGUCACACCUACAGAGGAGUGGCGCCCGAGGUCACACACAGAGGAGUGGCGCCCCGAGUCACACCACAGAGGAGUGGCGCCCGAGUCACACCACAGAGGAGUGGCGCCCGAGUCACACCACAGAGGAGUGGCCGCCCGAGUCACACCACAGAGGAGUGGCGCCCGAGUCACACCACAGGGAGUGGCGCCCGAGUCACACCACAGAGGAGUGGCGCCCGAGUCACACCACAGAGGAGUGGCGCCCGAGUCACACACAGAGGAGUGGCGCCCGAGUCACACCACAGAGGAGUGGCGCCCGAGUCACACCACAGAGGUAGUGGCGCCCGAGUCACACCACAGAGGAGUGGCGCCCGAGUCACACCACAGAGGAGUGGCGCCCGAGUCACACCACAGAGGAGUGGCGCCCGAGUCACACCACAGAGGAGUGGCGCCCGAGUCACACCACAGAGGAGUGGCGCCCGAGUCACACCACAGAGGAGUGGCGCCCGAGUCACACCACAGAGGAGUGGCGCCCGAGUCACACCACAGAGGAGUGGCGCCCGAGUCACACCACAGAGGAUCACACCACAGAGGAGUGGCGCCCGAGUCACACACAGAGGAGUGGCGCCCGACGUCACACCACAGAGGAGUGGCGCCCGAGUCACACCACAGAGGAGUGGCGCCCGAGUCACACCACAGAGGAGUGGCGCCCGAGUCACACACAGAGGAGUGGCGCCCGAGUCACACCACAGAGGAGUGGCGCCCGAGUCACACCACAGAGGAGUGGCGCCCGAGUCACACCACAGAGGAGUGGCGCCCGAGUCACACCACAGAGGAGUGGCGCCCGAGUCACACCACAGAGGAGUGGCGCCCGAGUCACACCACAGAGGAGUGGCGCCCCGAGUCACACCACAGAGGAGUGGCGCCCGAGUCACACCACAGAGGAGUGGCGCCCGAGUCACACCACAGAGGAGUGGCGCCCGAGUCACACCACAGAGGAGUGGCGCCCGAGUCACACCACAGAGGAGUGGCGCCCGAGUCACACCACAGAGGAGUGGCGCCCGAGUCACACCACAGAGGAGUGGCGCCCGAGUCACACCACAGAGGAGUGGCGCCCGAGUCACACCACAGAGGAGUGGCGCCCGAGUCACACCACAGAGGAGUGGCGCCCGAGUCACACCACAGAGGAGUGGCGCCCGAGUCACACCACAGAGGAGUGGCGCCCGAGUCACACCACAGAGGAGUGGCGCCCGAGUCACACCACAGAGGAGUGGCGCCCGAGUCACACCACAGAGGAGUGGCGCCCGAGUCACACCACAGAGGAGUGGCGCCCGAGUCCACACCACCAGAGGAGUGGCGCCCGAGUCACACCACAGAGGAGUGGCGCCCGAGUCACACACAGAGGAGUGGCGCCCGAGUCACACCACAGAGGAGUGGCGCCGAGUCACACCACAGAGGAGUGGCGCCCGAGUCACACCACAGAGGAGUGUGCGCCCGAGUCACACACAGAGGAGUGGCGCCCGAGUCACACCACAGAGGAGUGGCGCCCGAGUCACACCACAGAGGAGUGGCGCCCGAGUCACACCACAGAGGAGUGGCGCCCGAGUCACACCACAGAGGUGUGGCGCCCGAGUCACACCACAGAGGUGUGGCGCCCGAGUCACACACAGAGGAGUGGCGCCCGAGUCACACACAGAGGAGUGGCGCCCGAGUCACACACAGAGGAGUGGCGCCCGAGUCACACCACAGAGGAGUGGCGCCCGAGUCACACACAGAGGAGUGGCGCCCGAGUCACACCACAGAGGAGUGGCGCCCGAGUCACACCACAGAGGAGUGGCGCCCGAGUCACACCACAGAGGAGUGGCGCCCGAGUCACACACAGAGGAGUGGCGCCCGAGUCACACCACAGAGGAGUGGCGCCCGAGUCACACCACAGAGGAGUGGCGCCCGAGUCACACCACAGAGGAGUGGCGCCCGAGUCACACCACAGAGGAGUGGCGCCCGAGUCACACCACAGAGGGAGUGGCGCCCGAGUCACACCCAGAGGAGUGGCGCCCGAGUCACACCACAGAGGAGUGGCGCCCGAGUCACACCACAGAGGAGUGGCGCCCGAGUCCACACCACAGAGGAGUGGCGCCCGAGUCACACCACAGAGGAGUGGCGCCCGAGUCACACCACAGAGGAGUGGCGCCCGAGUCACACCACAGAGGAGUGGCGCCCGAGUCACACCACAGAGGAGUGGCGCCCGAGUCACACCACAGAGGAGUGGCGCCCGAGUCACACCACAGAGGAGUGGCGCCCGAAGUCACACCACAGAGGAGUGGCGCCCGAGUCACCCACAGGGUCAGAGGAGUGGCGCCCGAGUCACACCACAGAGGAGUGGCGCCCGAGUCACACCACAGAGGAGUGGCGCCCGAGUCACACCACAGAGGAGUGGCGCCCGAGUCACACCACAGAGGAGUGGCGCCCGAGUCACACCACAGAGGAGUGGCGCCCGAGUCACACCACAGAGGAGUGGCGCCCGAGUCACACCACAGAGGAGUGGCGCCCCGAGUCACACACAGAGGAGUGGCGCCCGAGUCACACCACAGAGGAGUGGCGCCCGAGUCACACCACAGAGGAGUGGCGCCCCGAGUCACACCACAGAGGAGUGGCGCCCGAGUCACACCACAGAGGAGUGGCGCCCGAGUCACACCACAGAGGAGUGGCGCCCGAGUCACACCACAGAGGAGUGGCGCCCGAGUCACACCACAGAGGAGUGGCGCCCGAGUCACACCACAGAGGAGUGGCGCCCGAGUCACACCACAGAGGAGUGGCGCCCGAGUCACACCACAGAGGAGUGGCGCCCGAGUCACACCACAGAGGAGUGGCGCCCGAGUCACACCACAGAGGAGUGGCGCCCGAGUCACACCACAGAGGAGUGGCGCCCGAGCACACCACAGAGGGAGUGGCGCCCGAGUCACACCACAGAGGAGUGGCGCCCGAGUCACACCACAGAGGAGUGGCGCCCGAGUCACACCACAGAGGAGUGGCGCCCGAGUCACACCACAGAGGAGUUGGCGCCCGAGUCACACCACAGAGGAGUGGCGCCCGAGUCACACCACAGAGGAGUGUGCGCCCGAGUCACACCACAGAGGAGUGGCGCCCGAGUCACACCACAGAGGAGUGGCGCCCGAGUCACACCACAGAGGAGUGGCGCCGAGUCACACCACAGAGGAGUGGCGCCCGAGUCACACCACAGAGGAGAGUGGCGCCCGAGUCACACCACAGAGGAGUGGCGCCCGAGUCACACCACAGAGGAGUGGCGCCCGAGUCACACACAGAGGAGUGGCGCCCGAGUCACACCACAGAGGAGUGGCGCCCGAGUCCACUACAGAGGAGUGGCGGCUCCCGAGUCACACCACGAGGAGUGGCGCCCGAGUCACACCACAGAGGAGUGGCGCCCGAGUCACACCACAGAGGAGUGGGCGGCCCGAGUCAGCACCACAGAGGAGUGGCGCCCGAGUCACACCACAGAGGAGUGUGCGCUCCGAGUCACACCACAGAGGUGUGGCGCCCGAGUCACAGCACAGAGGAGUGGCGCCCGAGUCACACCACAGAGGAGUGGCGCCGAGUCACACCACAGAGGAGUGGCACACCACAGAGGAGUGGCGCCCGAGUCACACCACAGAGGAGUGGCGCCCGAGUCACACACAGAGGAGUGGCGCCCGAGUCACACCACAGAGGAGUGGCGCCCGAGUCACAGCACAGCGGAGUGGCGCCCGAGUCACACCACAGAGGAGUGGCGCCCGAGUCACACCACAGAGGAGUGGCGCCCGAGUCACACCACAGAGGAGUGGCGCCCGAGUCACACCACAGAGGAGUGGCGCCCGAGUCACACCACAGAGUGGCGCCCGAGUCACACCACAGAGGAGUGGCGCCCGAGUCACACCACAGAGGAGUGGCGCCCGAGUCACACCACAGAGGAGUGGCGCCCGAGUCACACCACAGAGGAGUGGCGCCCGAGUCACACCACAGAGGAGUGGCGCCCGAGUCACACCACAGAGGAGUGGCGCCCGAGUCACACCACAGAGGAGUGGCGCCCGAGUCACACCACAGAGGAGUGGCGCCCGAGUCACACCACAGAGGAGUGGCGCCCGAGUCACACCACAGAGGAGUGGCGCCCGAGUCACACCACAGAGGAGUGGCGCCCGAGUCACACACAGAGGAGUGGCGCCCGAGUCACACCACAGAGGAGUGGCGCCCGAGUCACACCACAGAGGAGUGGCGCCCGAGUCACACCACAGAGGAGUGGCGCCCGAGUCACACCACAGAGGAGUGGCGCCCGAGUCACACACAGAGGAGUGGCGCCCCGAUCACACCACAGAGGAGUGGCGCCCGAGUCACACCACAGAGGAGUGGCGCCCGAGUCACACACAGAGGAGUGGCGCCCGAGUCACACCACAGAGGAGUGGCGCCCGAGUCACACCACAGAGGAGUGGCGCCCGAGUCACACCACAGAGGAGUGGCGCCCGAGUCACACCACAGAGGAGUGGCGCCCGAGUCACACCACAGAGGAGUGGCGCCCGAGUCACACCACAGAGGAGUGGCGCCCGAGUCACACCACAGAGGAGUGGCGCCCGAGUCACACCACAGAGGAGUGGCGCCCGAGUCACACCACAGAGGAGUGGCGCCCGAGUCACACCACAGAGGAGUGGCGCCCGAGUCACACCACAGAGGAGUGGCGCCCGAGUCACACCACAGAGGAGUGGCGCCCGAGUCACACCACAGAGGAGUGGCGCCCGAGUCACACCACAGAGGAGUGGCGCCCGAGUCACACCACAGAGGAGUGGCGCCCGAGUCACACCACAGAGGAGUGGCGCCCGAGUCACACCACAGAGGAGUGGCGCCCGAGUCACACCACAGAGGAGUGGCGCCCGAGUCACACCACAGAGGAGUGGCGCCCGAGUCACACCACAGAGGAGUGGCGCCCGAGUCACACCACAGAGGAGUGGCGCCCGAGUCACACCACAGAGGAGUGGCGCCCGAGUCACACCACAGAGGAGUGGCGCCCGAGUCACACCACAGAGGAGUGGCGCCCGAGUCACACCACAGAGGAGUGGCGCCCGAGUCACACCACAGAGGAGUGGCGCCCGAGUCACACCACAGAGGAGUGGCGCCCGGUCCCAGAGGGUCACACCACAGAGGAGUGGCGCCCGAGUCACACCACAGAGGAGUGGCGCCCGAGUCACACCACAGAGGAGUGGCGCCCGAGUCACACCACAGAGGAGUGGCGCCCGAGUCACACCACAGAGGAGUGGCGCCCGAGUCACACCACAGAGGAGUGGCGCCCGAGUCACACCACAGAGGAGUGGCGCCCGAGUCACACCACAGAGGAGUGGCGCCCGAGUCACACCACAGAGGAGUGGCGCCCGAGUCACACCACAGAGGAGUGGCGCCCGAGUCACACCACAGAGGAGUGGCGCCCGAGUCACACCACAGAGGAGUGGCGCCCGAGUCACACCACAGAGGAGUGGCGCCCGAGUCACACCACAGAGGAGUGGCGCCCGAGUCACACCACAGAGGAGUGGCGCCCGAGUCACACCACAGAGGAGUGGCGCCCGAGUCACACCACAGAGGAGUGGCGCCCGAGUCACACCACAGAGGAGUGGCGCCCGAGUCACACCACAGAGGAGUGGCGCCCGAGUCACACCACAGAGGAGUGGCGCCCGAGUCACACCACAGAGGAGUGGCGCCCGAGUCACACCACAGAGGAGUGGCGCCCGAGUCACACCACAGAGGAGUGGCGCCCGAGUCACACCACAGAGGAGUGGCGCCCGAGUCACACCACAGAGGAGUGGCGCCCGAGUCACACCACAGAGGAGUGGCGCCCGAGUCACACCACAGAGGAGUGGCGCCCGAGUCACACCACAGAGGAGUGGUGCCCGAGUCACACCACAGAGGAGUGGCGCCCGAGUCACACCACAGAGGAGUGGCGCCCGAGUCACACCACAGAGGAGUGGCGCCCGAGUCACACCACAGAGGAGUGGCGCCCGAGUCACACCACAGAGGAGUGGCUGCCCGAGUCACACCACAGAGGAGUGGCGCCCGAGUCACACCACAGAGGAGUGGCGCCCGAGUCACACCACAGAGGAGUGGCGCCCGAGUCACACCACAGAGGAGUGGCGCCCGAGUCACACCACAGAGGAGUGGCGCCCGAGUCACACCACAGAGGAGUGGCGCCCGAGUCACACCACAGAGGAGUGGCGCCCGAGUCACACCACAGAGGGAGUGGCGCCCGAGUCCACACCACAGAGGAGUGGCGCCCGAGUCACACCACAGAGGAGUGGCGCCCGAGUCACACCACAGAGGAGUGGCGCCCGAGUCACACCACAGAGGAGUGGCGCCCGAGUCACACCACAGAGGAGUGGCGCCCGAGUCACACCACAGAGGAGUGGCGCCCGAGUCACACCACAGAGGAGUGGCGCCCGAGUCACACCACAGAGGAGUGGCGCCCGAGUCACACCACAGAGGAGUGGCGCCCGAGUCACACCACAGAGGAGUGGCGCCCGAGUCACACCACAGAGGAGUGGCGCCCGAGUCACACAACAGCGGAGUGGCGCCCGAGUCACACCACAGAGGAGUGGCGCCCGAGUCACACCACAGAGGAGUGGCGCCCGAGUCACACCACAGAGGAGUGGCGCCCGAGUCACACCACAGAGGAGUGGCGACCGAGUCACACCACAGAGGAGUGGCGCCCGAGUCACACCACAGAGGAGUGGCGCCCGAGUCACACCACAGAGGAGUGGCGCCCGAGUCACACCACAGAGGAGUGGCGCCCGAGUCACACCACAGAGGAGUGGCGCUCGAGUCACACCACAGAGGAGUGGCGCCCGAGUCACACCACAGAGGAGUGGCGCCCGAGUCACACAUAGAGGAGUGGCGCCCGAGUCACACCACAGAUGAGUGGCGCCCGAGUAACACCACAGAGGAGUGGCGCCCGUGUCACACCACAGAGGAGUGGCGCCCGAGUCACACCACAGAGGAGUGGCGCCCGAGUCACACCACAGAGGAGUGGCGCCCGAGUCACACCACAGAGGAGUGGCGCCCGAGUCACACCACAGAGGAGUGGCACCCGAGUCACACCACAGAGGAGUUGUGCCCGAGUCACACCACAGCGGAGUGGCGCCCGAGUCACACCACAGGAGUGGCGCCCGAGUCACACCACAGAGGAGUGGCGCCCGAGUCACACCACAGAGGAGUGGCGACCGAGUCACACCACAGAGGAGUGGCGCCCGAGUCACACCACAGAGGAGUGGCGCUCGAGUCACACCACAGAGGAGUGGCGCCCGAGUCACACCACAGAGGAGUGGCGCCCGAGUCACACCACAGAGGAGUGGCGCCCGAGUCACACCACAGAGGAGAGGCGACCGAGUCACACCACAGAGGAGUGGCGCCCGAGUCACACCACAGAGGAGUGGCGCCCGAGUCACACCGCAGAGGAGUGGCGCCCGAGUCACACCACAGAGGAGUGGCGCCCGAGUCACACCACAGAGGAGUGGCGCCCGAGUCACACCACAGAGGAGUGGCGCCCGAGUCACACACUGAGGAGUGGCGCCCGAGUCACACCACAGAGGAGUGGCGCCCGACUCACACCGCAGAGGAGUGGCGCCCGAGUCACACCACAGAGGAGUGGCGCCCGAGUCACACCACAGAGGAUCACACCACAGAGGAGUGGCGCCCGAGUCACACCACAGAGGAGUGGCACCUGAGUCACACCACAGAGGAGUUGCGCCCGAGUCACACCACAGCGGAGUGGCGCCCGAGUCACACACAGAGGAGUGGCGCCCGAGUCACACCACAGAGGAGUGGCGCCCGAGUCACACCACAGCGGAGUGGCGCCCGAGUCACACACAGAGGAGUGGCGCCCGACUCACACCACAGAGGAGUGGCGCCCGAGUCACACCAGAGGAGUGGCGCCCGAGUCACACCACAGAGGAGUGGCGACCGAGUCACACCGCAGAGGAGUGGCGCCCGAGUCACACCACAGAGGAGUGGCGCCCGAGUCAUACCGCAGAGGAGUGGCGCCCGAGUCACACCACAGAGGAGUGGCGCCCGACUCACACCACAGAGGAGUGGCGCCCGAGUCACACCACAGAGGAGUGGCGCCCGAGUCACACCACAGAGGAGUGGCGCCCGAGUCACACCGCAGAGGAGUGGCGCCCGAGUCACACCACAGAGGAGUGGCGCCCGAGUCACACCACAGAGGAGAGGCGACCGACUCACACCACAGAGGAGUGGCGCCCGACUCACACCACAGAGGAGUGGCGCCCGAGUCACACCACAGCGGAGUGGCGCCCGAGUCACACCACAGGAGUGGCGCCCGAGUCACACCACAGAGGAGUGGCGCCUGAGUCACACCACAGAGGAGUGGCGAUCGAGUCACACCACAGAGGAGUGGCGCCCGAGUCACACCACAGAGGAGUGGCGCCCGAGUCAUACCGCAGAGGAGUGGCGCCCGAGUCACACCACAGAGGAGUGGGGCCCGAGUCAUACCGCAGAGGAGUGGCGCCCGAGUCACACCACAGAGGAGUGGCGCCCGAGUCACACCACAGAGGAGUGGCACCCGAGUCACACCACAGAGGAUUUGUGCCCGAGUCACACCACAGCGGAGUGGCGCCCGAGUCACACCACAGGAGUGGCGCCCGAGUCACACAACAGAGGAGUGGCGCCCGAGUCACACCACAGAGGAGUGGCGACCGAGUCACACCACAGAGGAGUGGCGCCCGAGUCAUACCACAGAGGAGUGGCGCUCGAGUCACACCACAGAGGAGUGGCGCCCGAGUCACACCACAGAGGAGUGGCGCCCGAGUCACACCACAGAGGAGUGGCGCCCGAGUCACACCACAGAGGAGAGGCGACCGAGUCACACCACAGAGGAGUGGCGCCCGAGUCACACCACAGAGGAGUGGCGCCCGAGUCACACCGCAGAGGAGUGGCGCCCGAGUCACACCACAGAGGAGUGGCGCCCGAGUCACACCACAGAGGAGUGGCGCCCGAGUCACACCACAGAGGAGUGGCGCCCGAGUCACACCGCAGAGGAGUGGCGCCCGAGUCACACCACAGAGGAGUGGCGCCCGAGUCACACACUGAGGAGUGGCGCCCGAGUCACACCACAGAGGAGUGGCGCCCGACUCACACCGCAGAGGAGUGGCGCCCGAGUCACACCACAGAGGAGUGGCGCCCGAGUCACACCACAGAGGAGUGGCGCCCGAGUCACACCACAGAGGACUGGCGCCCGAGUCACACACUGAGGAGUGGCGCCCGAGUCACACCACAGAGGAGUGGCGCCCGACUCACACCACAGAGGAGUGGCGCUCGAGUCACACCGCAGAGGAGUGGCGCCCGAGUCACACCACAGAGGAUUGGCGCCCGAGUCACACCACAGAGGAGUGGCGCCCGAGUCACACCACAGAGGAGUGGCGACCGAGUCACACCACAGAGGAGUGGCGCCCGAGUCACACCACAGAGGAGUGGCGCUCGAGUCACACCACAGAGGAGUGGCGCCCGAGUCACACCACAGAGGAGUGGCGCCCGAGUCACACCACAGAGGAGUGGCGCCCGAGUCACACCACAGAGGAGAGGCGACCGAGUCACACCACAGAGGAGUGGCGCCCGAGUCACACCACAGAGGAGUGGCGCCCGAGUCACACCGCAGAGGAGUGGCGCCCGAGUCACACCACAGAGGAGUGGCGCCCGAUCACACCACAGAGGAGUGGCGCCCGACUCACACCGCAGAGGAGUGGCGCCCGAGUCACACCACAGAGGAGUGGCGCCCGAGUCACACCACAGAGGAGCGGCGCCCGAGUCAGACACAGAGGAGUGGCGCCCGAGUCACACCACAGAGGAGUGGCGCCCGAGUCACACCACAGAGGAGUGGCGCCCGACUCACACCACAGAGGAGUGGCGCCCGAGUCACACCGCAGAGGAGUGGCGCCCGAGUCACACCGCAGAGGAGUGGCGCCCGAGUCACACCACAGAGGAGUGGCGCCCGAGUCACACCACAGAGGAGUGGCGCCCGAGUCACACACAUAGGAGUGGCGCCCGACUCACACCACAGCGGAGUGGCGCCCAAGUCACACCACAGAUGAGUGGCGCCCGAGUCACACCACAGAGGAGUGGCGCCCGAGUCACACCACAGAGGAGUGGCGCCCGAGUCACACACAGAGGAGUGGCGCCCGAGUCACACCACAUAGGACUGGCGCCCGAGUCACACACUGAGGAGUGGCGCCCGAGUCACACCACAGAGGAGUGGCGCCCGAGUCACACCUCAGAGGAGUGGCGCCCGAGUCACACCGCAGAGGAGUGGCGCCCGAGUCACACCACAGAGGAGUGGCGCCCGAGUCACACCACAGAGGAGUGGCGCCCAAGUCACACGCAGAGGAGUGGCGCCCGACUCACACCACAGCGGAGUGGCGCCCGAGUCACACCACAGAGGAGUGGCGCCCGAGUCACACCACAGCUACGGGCGGAUGCUGCAGCACUCGACUCCGUGCUGGGCGCGGUCACUGCUUGUGCGGAGAAGAAGGGGAAGAUAACAGAAUUCUUCGGUGACGAGGCAACGUGCGCCAAGGAGGACGCGGAUAACGCGCUUUGCCUAAUGAUCUCGGCGCUGAAGCUUCCAGAGCGCAUCGUGGAUGAUCCGGUCUUCCGCUACGCGGUCCAGUGCUUUGCGCACGCGGGACCGGGGUAUGUUCCCCCCAAGAGGGGCUACGUUGGAGGGGCGGGCUUGAAGAAAGUGCGGCAGAAAAUGGAGGCAGCGCUCGCCCCCGUUGCCGCGAGCUGGAAGCGGGACGGUGUCACCGUGUCGUCGGACAUGAUGACCGACCGUUGUGGCCGCCCGCAGGCCAACAUACUCCUUGUCAACGACUCCGGCGCAGUUUUUGAGCAGGCCGUGGACUGCAACAUGGAGUCGAAGACGGGGGGGUACAUUGCCAGCCUUCUCCGCCCCGUCAUUGAUAAGGUGGGGCCGGAGAAUGUGGUGGCGGUCUGCACCGAUGGCGGCAGCAACUAUGCAUCGGCAGCGCGGAAGAUUGCGGGCACAUGGCCGCACAUUGAGCAUGUGCCAUGUGCCACGCAUGUCCUGGACCUGUUAAUGGAAUAUGUGGGCAAAAUGGGAUGGGCGAAGGGGCUUGUGGAGAAAGGAGGGGAGAUGAUUACCUUCGUGCGCAACCACCACUUCACCCGUGCCUAUAUGAAGAAAGUGGGGGGGAAGCAGGUGCUCAAGCCUGCGGGAACCAGGUUCGGGACACAAUACAUAGCCAUGGCCCGGCUAUGUGAGGUGAGGAGUGGGCUGGCGGGGAUGGUGCUCAGCGACGAGUGGAAGGUGUGGGCAGCGGGGGACAAGGAUAGGAAGACUGCAGCUGAGAAAUUCAGGGCUGCUGUGAUGGAUGAGCAGUGGUGGGGGGUGGCGGAGUUCUUUUCCUCUCUCAUGGCGGUGCCAUUCAAGGCCAUGCGGGCCACCGACUCUUCCGCGAAAGGCAUGAUGGGUAAGCUGUAUGACAUUAUGCUACAGCUUACCGAGGACAUCAAUGACAAGCUCGACGCUUCAGGCGACUUCUUGACUCGGACAGAGAGGGCAGACAUCACCAAGAUUGUGAAGGACAGGUGGGACAACUCCCUUGCCUGCCCCAUGCAUUUGGUUGGCCGGAUCCUGAAUCCGGUCAACCAGGAGGAGGGAAUUUCCAUGAACGAUGUGGAGUGCACGAGGGUGUUCAAGGACUACAUCGAGCGCCACUAUGACCACGUCACCUUCAAGCGCGGCAAGGAUGGUGCCCCUCGCCGCGCCUCCCUUGUGCUGCAGGAGGCAUUGCUGGCCUACAUCAACUUGGAGGGCAGUUUUGGCAAGCUGAGCACCAUAGCUGCAAGGGAGGCAGUGAAGAAAGGGGAGAUGAGCAUGGUGCAGUGGUGGUCGUGGCACAGCACCGAGUACCCUGAGCUUGCCACCCUCGCAUGCCGGGUUCUCACUCAGCCCGUCUCGGCUUCUUCAUGCGAACGUGGCUGGGCGCAGUGGGAAGGCGUCCACACCGCCCGCCGCAACCGCCUCGGGUCCGCCAAGUGUGCGGACCUGGUUUACAUUGCGCACAACUGGAACGUUGUGCGCAAUUGGUACAACAAGGAUGGGGGCAGCACGGUUGUGCCCGGGAACAUCCCGGAUGCCCCUAUCCCCCGCGGCUACAACAUGGACGAGGAGGAGGAGGAUGACCUGCUGGGGGGGGGAAGGAGAUGA